UUAGAAGAUUUAAGUCACCAAGCAACAAAUGCAGAUAAACUGAUGCAGGAUAUUAACGAGCUCAAAAUUCAAAUACAAGCGGCUCAUGAUGAAAAUAUAAAAAAACAGCGAGAAUGUAGUCAGCAUUCUAAAGCGUUGUGCAAGCUCAAGAGGCAAAAUGCCAGUAUCGAAGAUUUGAAACGUAGAAAUCUGGAUCUUCAAAAUAAACUACAAGAAGCUCACAAGCAAAUUUUAAACACGUGCAGCGAAAAUGACAUGUCUGGCAAAGUUGUACACGAAGAAAAUAAUAAUACUAGUCAACAUAUUAUUUUAUUGAUAAAAGAAAUACGAUCCUUGAAAGAUGAUAUAAAAAAAUUAGAAACACAGAAGAGGGCUUUACAAGACCUCGUAACAUCACAGCAAGUAGAGAUUUUACAACUACAAACAUCUAAAAAAUCAGACGCACUUGCACGCGUCAAUGCCAUAGGAGCGUUGUAUAAUAAAUCAUCUAGUGCAAUAUUGCAAGAUCAAUCGUUUCAAACGUCUUCAAUUCAUGAUGUAACUGUGUCCCCUAUUACCGAUAAUAUGGAAAUUGCUUCAAUGUCUUCAACAGUUACGGAUACAAAAAAUUUAAUAUCGCAGCCCACAGCAGAACCAAAAUUAACUGCAGAAAAAAGUCGAGGAAGAAAAAGAAAGAACCUUGACGAAACUAUAUUAUCUUCAGCAAAUAUAAGUCCUGAAAUUAAAAUGGAAUCGCUAAAAAGAAGAAAAACCGUUAAUAAACCUAGAAUUAAACCUAAAGCAACAGAAAUAUUAAGUCACAUUGAUGAUUUGGCUUUCAUAAAAGAAAAAUUGUUUGAUUUUGGAUGUCAUUCUCAAGAAGCGAUUCGGUCAAUUGACGUAUUUCGUCAAUUUGCAUUUGAGAAAAGUCCCGUUCUUUUUCAAGCAGUAGAUGAAUUUCUCCAUCACAUAGAUACACCUUUGUAUCUAGGCGAUAUUGACAAUAAUGACCAAUUGAAAAUUUAUACACGAGUAAAUUCACUCUCCGUACAACUACCCGCAGUAUUGCCUUCAAAAGAAACAAACGUAAUACUAUUUUUAUGGCUUCUAUUUGUCGAGUUUCCAGCGAGCAAAUUGGUCGACAAGAUGCUAUUUUGGUCAAGUGAAAAAAUUAUGGUCGCGGGAAUUUCAGGAGAGUCACUUGAUUUAGCAUAUUUGUGCCGUCUAUAUCGUAUAUUCAUUGCAUUUUGCAGAAUUAUUAAUGAUAUUCAGCGAGCUCGCACCUUAUGUUAUGAUAUCAUGCGUGAAAAAACAAAUAAUGAUUCAGUUCAUUAUUUCAUGGAAAAUACUGCUAGGAUAUGGCCAAAUGUUUUGAAGGCUUCCAUAAGUAAUAGGAAACAUGAAUCCUUCAAAAUAGAUGAGUCAUUUGUGAUACGUACUAUAGAAAGUAUUAUUGCUGGGAUAGUUCUUGAGAAGAUGCAUGAUGAAUCGGUCUAUAAACUUUACAAUACCUUUGUUCGGUUUUGCUCCUGGGAUGAACCGCAUCAAGCUCCAUUCUUGAAAGAGAUUUUGCAAUAUUUGUCAGAAAUUUUGAAUUCUGAUGAAUUUCAUAAUAAAUGCUGUAACGAAUAUGAUCAAGAAAAAUUUCAGGAAUACCGUUUCAAUCUUGUAAAGUCUUUUGAGUUAGCUGCUUCUUGGUGGUGCUGGGACGAUGUGCAUUCGAGAUAUGUUUCAAAAAUUCUAUGGCCAUUGGUAAAAAAUGAAAAGGGAAAGGAUAUUCCUUUAGAGAUUAUUGGUGCAGUUUGCCGCCCAAGAUUGUUUGAAAAAACGGAAAAGGAGGGUGUAGCAGAAAUUAGGCGACGAAUGACAAGUGCGUUAAAUCCGCAUAGCCCUGUGUCUUUUUUAUUACAAGUUCAAUCGGCACAAGUUUUGAUUAAGCUCUCUAACGGCGACCCAAAGCAUUAUCGAGAUAUCCUGUCUUGGUAUUUGCGAUUGGAGAACGACAAA